UUAGCGUGCUUCGUGCCUUAGCAAACAAAACGCUGGGUAUCAGGCUAUCCGCCCUUCAACGUCUUUUCAUAAUAGAAAGUGAAGCUAAUCUUCUUCUUUAACUCUUUUCAUCUAUUCAAAGCAUCCGCCCUGCGCUCCGAAGCACGAAUGCUUUUUUUUUUAAGUCUAUGGGAAUUAAGAAAGAAAAUCAUGCAACCUUUCAAUGUCCUUUCGAUAACACGUGAUCGUUUCUUUGGAACGCAGCAAGAAAUUUGUUUGAGUUACUUAAGAAAUUUCUUUUUUAUUCCCGGACAUUGGGUUUCCCGAUGUCACCUUGUUUCCUCUUUCCCCGCCCCACUAGGUAGACUUACACUUUCGUUUCGAGUCAACAGAGAAGGCCUCUCAACAGAACAGGAGGAAGAACGUUCGGUUGUGUACCAGAGAGAAAGUACAAAGAUAUGGGGAGGCAUUGGUCAUCCAUCAUAUAUAAGGCUAAAAGAAGUCGACUGUCACGCACAGUCCUCCAGACGUCCAUCACCGAAUAUGUCUCCAUACAGUCCGUUUAUUCUUGCCUUGAUUGCGUUAUCCUGCCAUGCCGAUCAAGUCAAACCGAAUGGUGAGACGAUCGCCAGGAGAUCUGCUACAACUACCAGACCAAUACGGGUGGAUAAAAUCAGAGACGUUGAAGCUAUAGAUCCUGGCCUCCUUUCGCCACCGAGCACGAAAAACGUUACCCUAACACGUUCAGUAACAAACACACUGGGAAAACAGUUUAGCACACCGCUAGGUCAGGGUGGUUCGUUCGGGAACUCCUUUGGCAGCAAUUCCUUUGGAGGAGCCGGGAACAAUUUGAAUCCGGACAAUGGGUUCCAGUUCACUCCUGGAGUAGGACAAGCAGAUAAAUCUUUCUAUCCUGGAGGACAAGGUGCAGGCUUUGGACAACCAGGGCAAGUUGGAAUCUUCGGGCAACCGGGUCAAGUUGGGGCGUUUGGCCAACCGGGUCCAGUUGGAGGAUUUCCAAACAACGGCGGAGUAUUCCCUAGUGGAGGUGUUGUGCCUGGAUCCACACAACUUCCUCCAGGUUCAGUGGCAGCAGAUUCCGUGGCAUUCAGUGCUGCUCGAGCGUCAGAUUUUACUCGUGUCGGAAUAACCCAAGUUCGAUUUGAUUUUACGUUGACCGACGUUGGGUACGGUUGGUAUCCAGAUCGCAGCGAGUUUGUUUGCUACUAUCCAGGACUUUAUUUUUUUACUUUCCAUGGGCUUUCGUCGCAAACAAGACAAUUCAAGCUGUCUUUGGUAAAGAACAAUCAAGAGGUGAUUUCGGCAUGGGGAGAUACCAACGGAUACCAAAGUGGUUCCAAUACGGCUAUUUUAGCACUCAACCAGGGCGACAGAGUCUAUCUCGUAUUGCAGGAAGGGAAUUUGCACGAAACCAACAAUGGUGGAAGGGGAUACACGACAUUUUCGGGUUUCAGAAUUCGUUAGCCACACAUGUAGCGCUGGCGUUUUAAUGUCAUAAAGCUGUGCUUUUCUAAUUUGUAUCUUCUAUGUAUCGGUCAAUACAAACUCACGUUACGAA